AGUUCAUCUCCCGCGGAAUCCCUCUGAACCCUCGAUCCGCAGAGUCGUCUCGUUAGGGUUUCGAUUUCCCGAUGCCGCCGGUGAAUCUAACGGCGAACGCGAUCCCGGCUAUCAUCGCCGGUGACGUGAACUCCAAGCCGCUCGUCCAGGUUCUGGAUAUCAAGCUCAUAGGCACCAAGCAGGAGCGGUACCGCCUCCUCCUCUCCGACUCUGUCUCCGCCCAGCAAGCGAUGCUCGCUACUCAGCUCAACGAUCGAGUCCAGACCGGCCGCGUCCGCACCGGUUCCGUCGUACAGUUGAUCGAGUAUAUUUGCAGCAAUGUUCAGAAUCGCAAGAUUAUUGUCAUUAUCAACAUGGAAACUAUCAUUCCAGAGUGUGAAGUAAUUGGGAAUCCAAAAGCACUUGCUGAAACUGAUUCAGUAGGGCAGGCACCAACCAUCAACAGAACCACUUCUGAGCCUGUAAUUUUCAAUAGAAACACCAAUGUGGCUUCUCAAGGUUAUGGGCAAACAAGAUUGACAACAAAUAGCAACAAUCUGAGCUCCCAAGUUGGCAAUAAUUUUCAAAUGAACCGCCCAGUCAUUCAGCCAGCAUACCAACCACCUCCAAAUUACAAACCUUACGGGGCUGGGGCAGUCAUGAAGAACGAGGCACCAGCACGCAUAAUACCAAUUUCUGCUCUGAAUCCAUAUCAGGGUCGGUGGGCUAUUAAGGCUAGAGUGACUGCAAAAGGCGAUAUCAGACGCUACAACAAUGCUAAGGGAGAUGGAAAAGUGUUCUCAUUUGAUCUCCUUGAUUCUGAUGGUGGAGAAAUACGUGCAACCUGCUUCAAUGCCGUUCUUGAUCAUUUUUAUGAGACAAUUCAAGUUGGGAAAGUCUACAUGAUAUCUAAAGGCAGCUUGAAACCUGCACAAAAGAACUUCAACCAUCUUAAGAACGAGUGGGAGAUUUUGUUGGAAGCAUCAUCAACAGUGGAUCCGUGUUUAGAGGAAGACCCUUCAAUACCUAGACAGCAGUUCUCUUUCAGACCUAUUAGUGAAAUCGAGUUUGUUGAAAACAACUCCAUCCUAGACGUGAUUGGGGUCGUAACUAGUGUGAAUCCUUCUGUUCCCAUACUGCGCAAGAAUGGAAUGGAGACUCAGAGGAGGGUCCUGAGUCUGAAGGAUCAUUCCGAGCGGAGUGUGGAUUUAACAAUGUGGGGAGAUUUCUGUAACAGGGAAGGGCAACAACUGCAGGAGAUGUUAGACUCUGGUUUCUUCCCUGUUUUAGCAGUCAAAGCUGGAAAAGUCAACGAUUUCAAUGGGAAGUCAUUAGGAACCAUCUCUUCAUCUCAACUCUUCAUAAAUCCAGAUUCUCCUGAGGCUCUCAGUCUGAGACAGUGGUUCGACCAAGGAGGAAAAAAUGUAGCCUCACAUUGCAUAUCUAAAGAACUCAUUCCCUCGGGCUCAAAGAACGAGAUUCGCAAAAUCAUGUGCCAGAUAAAGAACGAAGGGCUGGGAAGGUCAAAUAAGCCAGACUGGGUCACCGUGAAGGCCACAUUGACCUUCAUCAAGACCGACACGUUCUGUUACACCGCAUGCCCCUUGAUGAUUGGCGAUAGGCAGUGCAACAAAAAAGUGACCAAGUUAGGGAACUCAAGAUGGAUGUGUGAGAGAUGUAAUCAAGAAUCCGAGGAGUGUGACUACAGAUACCUUCUUCAAGUUCAAAUUCAGGACCAUUCCGGGUUAACAUGGGUGACUGCCUUCCAGGAAGCCGGGGAAGAGAUAUUUGGUUGCUCGGCCAAGGAGCUCUACAUGAUGAAGUCCGAAGAGGAAGACGAUUCCAGGUUCUCUGGAAUCAUCAAGAAAUGCCUCUUCACACAAUUUCUGUUUAAACUUAAAAUCAAAGAGGAAAACUAUGGUGAGGAACAACGGGUGAAGAUCACUGUUAUCAAGGCAGAUAAAACGGACCCUUCUCCGGAAUGUAGGUACCUAUUGGAUUUACUGUAGGCUAUUUCCUUCUUUGUCGAACAACCAUAAGGUAAAUUAGAAAUUCCUCGGGAUACACAUUUACUGCUCUGUUAUUCACCAUUGUAAGUUGUGU